AUGCUGCGAACGGUGCUCUUGCUUGGGGGCCGCGCAGUCGCGAGGAAGCGUACAACCGUCGCCAACCCAAGAAUGUUGCGGGAGGCGCGGCAGCUGGAGAGGUUGCAGCGGAAAAAGCGUGAGGACAAGGCAGAACGAGUCUUCAUGGAGAAAAUACAACAGGGACGCCUGCGACGGCAAAGGAUAAUCGCUGCAGCACUUCGAAGAGCCUUCACCAACAAACAGAAAGGGGAGCCAAGGUUCUUGCAGCGGUACAAGGCCAACAAGGCGAGGGCAGCAGAAGAGCUGACGCGAAUGAAGGAGAAGGCAGAGGCACCGAAACCGAAACCGGAAGCUGCAGCGGCGGCGGUGACAACAACAGACCGCGUGCGCAAAGCGGGCGAUGCUGAGCGUGUGAAAAAGGUGAGGGUCUCGAGGGAGGAGGCCAUGCGACGGAGAGAGGCAGAGCGGAAAGCGGAGCAGAGUUUCUUUGAGAUGAUCGAAGAAUUGAAGCAAAAGCGAGAGAUUGAGCGGCUGGCGGUACGAGAUCCACAUCAACACUCUGAGGCACAUGUGACGGUUGGCCAGAAAAAGAGCCAAGAUGAAGCGACCGAACCUGCGCAGCUCGUGGCAGAAGACAAAACAGUGGCCGACAGCUCAGCGCAGGCCCGGAAACGUUUGGGCCGCCGGGUGACAAAGCAGCUACCGGUGGAAGAACAUCGCAUCACAUCUGCAGAAGAGACAAACAAAUUAGAAGAGGCCACAGGAGCACCUGUGGAGGAUAUUGCUGCUGCGGUCGACACAGUGGCUGAGGAGCAGGUGCAACAAGUGAUGCACAAGGAGGAUACGACGAGUCGGCAGCCGCAGGUGGAGCGCGCGAAGCCGCGUGUACGAUCACCGCGAAAACAUCAAACGCUUAGGCCGAUGCCUACAGUCGCCCCACAGGUGAAUGCAGCUCCUGUUGAUGAUGUUCCGCCAGCUGUUGGUGAGCCUCAAGCCGUUGUGACUCAACGACCCGUGCAUGCCGUUUCGCUAACCGGUUUCAACGAACCUCCGUUGAUCUCGCCAGCAAGGACUAUGCCAGAAGUUGGGCAGGGGAGUUUGCUGGCGUUCCCUUCAAUCGACGCACCAGUAAUUCCGCUGCGCCCGCGAGUUUUAGAUUCCUUCCCCCCUGUGGCGCGGGUGGCACAUGCCCCACCGGUGAGUUUCCCUCACAACAUUCCCUCGGUGCGUCCAAUUGGGGAGCGUCAGAGCCCUAAAAGCAGUGGCCUGCAUCGUUUAUAG